GGCGGAGUCACGGGGUGAGUUGCCUCGCGCGUCAGACAUGCGGGGACGGUGUCGGCUGGCGCAGGCAGACCGGGGCUGGCUGCAUAAGAAGUCAAGAGUUUUCUGAUGGCAUUACAGCUGAUAUCCCGUUACCUCCCAGCAGGACUUUACGCCCUGAAAGGUUCUUUCUGUCCUUCAGGGUGUCCUGCUUGCUGGUUGUGGUCACUUCCACAGAAACAGGUGGCAUGGCCUCAAAACCCACGACACUGGCUCAGCCUUCUGGGCUCGAGGCCGUUCAGCUUAUCCCAAGCAGUUGGCAGUGGCCGAGACGUGGAAGACGGCCGCCCUGUCUACACCUCUGAAACAGUCAAGGAAGAGGAGGAGGACGACGAGGAAGGCUUUGGGACGUUGUCUGGAAAGUUUUCUUCCCGACGCUUGUAUCAUAAAUCAACACCUGAGUUUCAAAACGUACGGCUCCAAACACAGGUGGUGGAGGAGGAGGAGGAGCCAAAACUAAGACGAAGUCGUCGAAACACUCCCUAUUGGUAUUUCUUACGCUGCAAAGCAUUGAUCAAAGAAGAUAAGUUGGCCGAGGCUCUGGACCUCUUUGAAGUGCAGAUGCUGAAGGAAGAGCGCCUCCAGCCUGAGGAGAGGAACUACACGUUGCUGAUCGGAGGCUGCGGCCGGGUGGGCUACGUGAAGAAGGCAUUCCGGCUCUACAAUGACAUGAAAAAGCGAGGGCUGAUCCCCACGGAUGCCACUUACACGGCCCUCUUCAACGCCUGUGCAGAGUCGCCCUGGAAAGGUUCAGGCCUGCAGAGCGCCCUCAAGUUGCGGCAGGAUCUGCAGAACGGCAACCUGGAACUGAAUGUGAUCAGCUAUCGCGCUCUGCUGAAAGUCUGUGCCUUCAGCUCAGAUCUCCGGAUGUGCUUCGAUGUCUUUAAGGAAAUUAUCCAGAAAGGCCACACCCUCACCGCUGAGACUUUCAACUUCUUGCUCAUGGGGUGCAUAAAAGACACAGAGAACGGUUUCCGAUACGCCUUGCAGGUGUGGCAGCAGAUGGCUCAACUCAACAUCAGACCUGACAGUUACACCUAUAACUUGAUGCUCGCUGCUGCCAGAGGCUGUGGCCUCGGUGACCCGCUCCUGGCUUCAGAGUUGUUACUGAGAGCGCCAGAGGAGAGCCCAGCUGUGCCGAGGCUGAGGUCUGGUAGACAGAAGGUGAAGGUGAAGGUGAAGGGUCAGAGGGGGAAGGAAUCGGACGGUAGAGCUGGACUGCCGUUGGAUGUAGAAGUCCUGGAAAGAAGUAUGUUUCCAGAGAAUUCCAGAAAACCAGCCGCGCCUUUCCUCAGCCACGAAAACAGCAGCUCAGGCAAGAAUUGUGUAGCAGAAGAGCGCACUGACGUUUCUGCUUCUCUGGAUUCCAGGGCAUCUGAGAACUUGCUGGUGCCGACUAAAAACCAACUAGAUGCAAAUUCCACAGCAGUAGAUACGGGUUUCUCCACGGCCACUGGCUGUUCUCCCAACUUGCUGGACUUGCAGACCCCGAAGAGCAGUCUGGUUUCCUUUGGGACAGUGGCAACCCCCUCCGACAGGCUGGCUCUGAUGGGGAACCUGGAGGGCUUCUUAAAGAAAAUGAAGGAUGACGAUGUGGCAGCUAAUAUUAAAACGUUCACACUGCUGGCCGAGGUAGUGGAACCAAACAGCCCCUCUGAAUCUUCCUUAUUGAGAGUGAUGGAAGAACACAAGGUGAAACCGGAUAUCACCUUUUUUAAUACCUUAAUAAGGAAGAAGAGCAAACAAGCGGAUCUGGAUGGAGCAAAGAGCCUGCUUCCCGUACUGGUAAAGAAAGGACUAUCUCCGAACCUGCACACCUUUUGCAACUUGGCAAUUGCCUGCUACAAACAAAAGGAUGGGCUACAGUUACUCUCAGACAUGAAGCGAUCCGGGGUAAAUCCCAACAUCCACAUCUAUGGAGCCCUUAUCAAUGCUGCUGUGAAGAAGCUAGACUACACAUACCUCAUAGAAAUCCUGAAAGACAUGAGGAACACGCAGACGGCCCCCAACGAAUUUGUCUUGCAGGGACUGGAAUUUGCAGCUCAGUAUCCUCCCGACUUUGACAGAUACAAGAAAAAAGACAGGUAUCUGGAAAAAAUUGACGGCUUUCGAGCAUACUACUUCCGCUGGCUGAAGUGGAUGGCAGCAGAGGAACAGCCACACCCAUGGGCAAAAUACAGAACAGCUAAGCAGUCCCAAAACACAGCUAGUGCAGGAGAUGAGUAAACAAAACUGCCGCCAAGUGGGCCAGUGAGAAAGGAAAAAAGAAGCGGCCGGCUUGCCUGAAUGGCCAAACCAACACCGUGGAGUGCUCUGUGCUGUUUCCUUCCUCUUCCAGAGGCAUUUUUCACAUCAUCAGAAUUGUAAAGUUGGUAUUUUUAAAGCAUGUAAAUAAAACACUG